AACUGCGAACACAGCGUACGCACUGCGACCAACUCUAAUGAGUAGACGCUACUUCAUUUAUCAUUACGCUGACACACACAGUAAGUCACCGGACAGCGGCAAAUUAAGACGUAGCAUUAGACCUGGUCGAGCAAUUCAAUUAAGGUGAAACAGCACUCCAACAUUUAUAAGAGAGAUUGAUUAGCGUAAUGGCACCACCACCACCACCACAUGGCGGACCACCCGGACCGCCACCGGGACCGCCACGGCGACCAUUAGUUAAAGUGGAAAUUAUACCACCGUGGCGACGACGACAUCAUCACCAUCACCACCACCACUCACCGCCGCCGCCGCCACCACCCAGUCAGCCGGUCGUUGUGGUGGUACCAGGGCAACCACAGCCGCCACCGCCACCAUACGGCAGCGGCUACUAUCCACCGCCACCACCAGGGCCUGAUUCACACUACCACAAUCCGCCGCGUUAUUAAGGAAAUCGUUUGAAGUCAAUUGGAACAAUUUAGUGUUUUAAGCGCUUUUCUAAAGCAACUAGUUAGUAAGACACCUGGUGUGGUGAAAUAUGAAUUUUUAUAGUAUAUAUAUAUAUGUAUUAGUUAUGAUUGCUUAAAAUUGUUUAAUAAAAUUGAUUUUUUU